GGAAUUGACAGAAGCACCUAAAAUAUCGUCAAUAUAUUUUGAUUUUUUAAUGCUUUUGCUGAUUCUUUCAAAAAAAAAAAAAGUACGUAAAUGGAUUUUGAAAAGUACAAAAAGGAUAACAUCCUUUUGAAUUCAAUCAUUGUUAAGGAAGAAUAUGUUGUGGAGGAAAAUAAUACUUCCAUUCACUUCAAUCCGGUGGAGGAGGAUGAAGAAAUCUCAUUUCCUGAUCCGCCACAACUGCAACCCACAAUGCCAAUAAUAAAAACUGAACCCACUGAAUCUUUGAAUCAAUCCCAUCAUCCAGAAAAUGUAAGCUCAGCAACCUAUCCGGAAGAAUACUUUGACAGGUUUGAGAUCACAAUAAUUCCUGAUCCUGAAGAAGACGCAUCAGGAGCAAAUUUUCAGGAUAUCCUGGGUAGCAGGGAAUGCAGUAUAUGCUUCAUGAAAUUCAAUUAUAUGUCGCACCUGAUGAGUCAUAUGCAGGUUCAUUUGGAAAAUAGGCCCGUGAAUGAAUGCGAUAUUUGUGGGAAAAUAUACAAAUGGAAGAAAGAUCUCAACAGGCACAAAAGGAAUCAACAUACAGCAACUUCCACGUUGGAAGCAACAGCAAGAAUAGCUGGUGCAGUACAGAGUGAAGCAGAGCCUUGUCCUGAAGCAGCAUUCAGGGGGAACCUCAGCACGAGGACGUGCAAUGUGAAGCAGGAACCAGAGGAGCCCAAAAUGAUUUCCCAGGAAGCAGCUGCUGAUGAAAAGUACGAAUGUUCAGUUUGCUUCAAAAUCUUCAGAGGAGUCAAGGGAAAAGAAAGCCUGAGGCAGCAUAUGCGUGUUCAUAAAAGAACUAAACUCUAUCCAUGCGAUAGUUGUGGGAAAGUCUUCAAGUGGAAGCACGACGCAACCAGGCAUUCCAGACAGUGUAAGAAGGAUAAAAAGUCCACGUUCCCAUGCUCAAUUUGUGGUAUCAGUUGUCCUUCCGCAACCAUCUUGCAGCAACAUACAGCGGUGUGUGGGAGAAUUCAAAAGAUCGAACAGAAAAAGUAUAAAUGCCAAAUCUGUGGGAAAUUACUCAAGAACAGAGCCUGCCUCCGAAGUCAUAUGACCAUCCAUGAGGAGAGCCGGCCCACAUUCCCAUGCGAACUGUGUGGACAAGUGUUCAAAUGGCAAAAAGAUAUGAAGAGGCACUACAGGAAAAUCUGCAAAAUUAAGCAUGAGAAGGCUACCUUGUCAUCUGAUCAAACUAUCGUAGGUGGUGGAGACACAAAACAAUUGAAAGAUCAUGCCACGAGCUGAAGGCUUGUACCAACAACAACGUAAUAGCAGACAGAGGGAUAAGUGAAGCGAGAAGGAUAAGGAAUUUUAACUUACCUCCUUUUUAUGAUCAAACUGCGGCAGUUUCUUCAAUUUUUAAAUUAAACCUGGAAGAAUAAUUCAAUUCUUUGUAUCAAAGUAAUCGAUAAACUCUUUUUUGGGAAAAAUAUCCGGAAAUAAGGAUCGCAGGAGUUGCAGCAUGGUGAUCAUGAUGCAGCAUAAGCUACACAGCUCAAAUUAAACAUGGCGGUAAUUGGAAAAUUGAGGACAAGCGAUUUAAAACAUUUAAUUUAAUAGCUGUUUUAGUUGUUUUAUUAUGUUGGAAGAACGCACAUAAAAUCAUUUACAUCGUAUGUUUUUGUUAACCAUUUUUGAGGUUUAUUUUAUGGAAAAGAAAACCAAUAAAGACUUCUUUUAAUUUUA